CAACGAUAUCUGCUGCUGUUUAUAUAUCAGAAACAAGAUCUGUGUUGUACAUUUAUGAAAAAUGCACCAAGAGCUGAAUUUGAAAAAAAAAUAAAACUACAAAUCAGUUGUUUAUAUAUCAAGGAUAUUGGCAUACGGUAAAAUGUACUAAUAAUAGAAAUAGCAUAAUGAUAUUAAUCGUUUCUAUUACUUAAAACGCUAGUGAGCGUGUAUACACGCAAAAACCGAACGUCGGAAUGUUGGAUUAACGAUUAUUGAGUGUUUAAUCGUCUCAUUAGAGUGAUAUUACAAUGGAUGAAAUUCGAGAGGAUGAUUUGUCUAGUCCUUCGUCUCUGACAAGAAGUGAAAUGUAUAGACAAAACAGAGGGCACAUCAUCAAAGUGCCAAAGAGUGAUCGCAUUUCCACAUCCAAAUUGUAUUUCAUUCCGCCGUUCAUCUUUUCAAUAGGAACGUGCGUCGUCAUGGCAACAGCGCUUGCAUCAACAAACUGGGAAACAGUGAAAUUUGACCAUGGAGAUUUAGUAGCCGCUGUAAACAUUACAGAAAAUGUAGAUAUAUUUAGACCUCAAGGUGGAUCAAAUGAAGAUGAUAUAUAUUUUACAAUCACCAUAACAACAGCAGUAUCACCUAAUACGACAAACGUGACCAUGGUUACAACAUAUGUUCCUGUAGUUACUAAUGCGGGGUUGUGGCAAAGGUGCGAUUCUAUACCAGAUGACGUGCGGCAAGUGUUACGAGAGGAAGGUUCCACAAUCGAGGAAACUUCCUGUACAUGGUUCCCCGUCUUUGCAAGCAAUGGAGAAUCAUCGGAACUCUCAUCCGCAAUCCACUUCUCAAUGGGAUUCACGAGGUCCGCCCAGUCGUGCAGUCUCGUGGCAGCCAUUGUACUAUUUGUAUCAAUAGCCCUUGGCGCGGUGGUAUGUGCCAACCCGACAAUAAUACUAAUGCUCUUAUCUGGGAUCUGCUCACUGGCAUCUUCACUAUAUCAGCUAUUUUUGAUAAUAUUGAUGCUACUUAGAAUGACUUACAGUCACACUGCAAAAGACCUCGAUAAGAUCAUAGCAGAGGCAGAACAGGUGGAAUAUGGUUGGAGUUACUUAGCGGCUUGGACGGCUUUUGGGGCAGGCAUUGUAACGGGAAUCAUGUGGAUCACGGUGGCAAGGAUAACGACAUCGAAUAUGAAAUAAUAGAUAUGUAGAUGCAUACUGGUAUGAUCGCUUGGUAGAACAAAGUACUCGUUGCAAAUAGUCCGUUCAUGCUGUAGGUUUAUCAUAGCGAUUACACUCUUCCAUAACAUAGGACGUCUCCAUGAAUUCGAAUUAAAAAUAGAAAUGUUAUACUUUGUGCGUCCAUGCACUUCUACAGUACUAAUACUAUUCCAAACGGAUAUUCAUCAUUUAGCAUCAAUAUGAUAUAUUAUAAUAAACUAAGAUUCGAAGGUGCGACGUUUUAUCAACCAGAUUCACUGGCAAUGUCAUUGAUCAGAACCAUCUCCUUA